AUGGCGCCGUCCUUCACAUCAGGAAAGAAGCGCCAGUUAGAAAUGGCGCAGAAGCACAGGGGCCUGCAGAAAGGUGAGGAAAUGCUGGAAGACUCAACCACUGAACCUAGUCUGGCCAAUGGGGAAAUUGAAAAGAAGGCCAAGAUUAAAGUCAUCGCUGCCAAAAGAAAUCCCAUCAAAAGAAGAUGCAAAGCUGAUCAUACCGUGUUGAAUUUAGCUUUGCGCAACAUCCUGAUUUUGAAAACCUUCCUGACAGUUGACCUUCAUAUUGUUGAACUUGGAGGGGACGGGCAGCAGGAAUGCAUGCAGUUGGGCCCGAAAGAGGGUGAAAGCAUUCCCGUUGGAGUCUACACAUGUGGAAGGAACUCCACUUGGUUUGGAAGUGCCUGGGCUGACACAAGCAAGAACCAGAAGCAAGCUAAGAAAGCCAUGGCAGCAGGUGUGAUCAAGAACAUGUCAGAUUUUAGACUUGUUCCUACUUUUCAGCUUCCCAUUCUAAAUCUCACUGUUUAUCAGGACAUGGAUUUCCAGGAAACAUCUGAGGAAGAGGAAGAGUUGGAAGAUGACAAUGAAGAACGAGAACCAGGAUCUGUCACCAAAUGCAUUGAAAGUGAAAACUGGACUGCUGCAUGCCAGUCAUUCAAUCCUGUAGCAAACAGCACUGACACCACAUCGCAGCUACUAAGGUUUACCGAGUUCAUCAACAAUGAUAUCCAGAAGUACUUUGGCAGAAGAAACAAAGAUGAUGAUCCUGAUGCUUGCAAUAUUUACGAAGACAGGUUUUCUUCUGGUAAAUCAGGCAGAGAGCUGUACUAUGCAGAUCUAAUAAGAAUUGCACAAGACGGAGAUCAAGAAGAGGAGGAACCUCAUGUGCCUUUAACACUUUCCAGAGAAAUAGACAUUCAGACGUUGAAAUUAAUCUGUGACAGAGAAAGCAUUAAAAAAUUAGGACCCUUGGCAGAACUUUUUGAAUAUGGUUUGCACAAGUACAUGAAACAAACCAUCUUGAACAGGAGAGAUAGCAAAAGACAAAAACUGGAUAGAAAAUAUGCCAAUAUAAUCCCAAUGCACAGACGAAGGCUUCCUUUGUCUUUUUGGAGGGAGCCUGUUUCUCCCAUUCCAGGCUGCAUCCUUCAUACCAGCACACCUGACUUCAGUGAUCUUUUAGCUAACUGGACUUCAGAAUCAAAUGGACAAGAACUUCAGCAAGUUGGUCGAGAAAUCUCAACUGAAAUAAAUAGACAGUCACUGGAAUCAGAAUCUUAUCAGGUUGUAUAA